AUGGGCAACGCGGCCGGCAGCUCCGAGCAGCCUGCGCCGCCCGCCGCGCCGCCCCCCAAGCCGCCCGCGGCGCCCAAGCAGCCCAUGCCCGCGGCCGGAGAGCUGGAGGAGCGGUUCCACCGGGUGCUGAAUUGCAUGAACUUGCCCCCAGACAAGGUCCAGCUGCUGAGCCAGUAUGACAACGAGAAGAAAUGGGAGCUCAUCUGUGACCAGGAACGGUUCCAGGUCAAGAACCCGCCCACUGCCUAUAUCGAGAAGCUGAAGAGCUACCUGGAGACUGGGGGCAUUAGCCGAAAGGUGGCAGCUGACUGGAUGCCCAACCUAGGGUUCAAGAGGCGAGUCCAGGAGUCCACGCAGGUGCUGCGGGAGCUGGAAAUUUCCCUGAGGACGAACCAUAUUGGGUGGGUGCAGGAGUUCCUCAACGAAGAGAACCGGGGCCUGGAUGUGCUUCUGGAAUACUUGGCCUUCGCUCAGUGCUCCGUCACGUAUGACAUGGAGAGCAUUGACAAUGGAGGUCCCGGCUCGGAGAAGAGUAAGCCUCUGGAGCAUUCGAUGGAGGACCUCACCAAAGGGCCGUCUCCCUCCGUCACCCCACAACCCAAGACUCGCCACUUGACCAUCAAAUGCCCCCCUUCUCCCCGGAUGACCCCCGCUCACAGCAGGAAGACACUGCGGAAUUCACGCAUCGUCAGCCAGAAGGAUGAUGUACACGUGUGCAUCAUGUGCCUGCGAGCCAUCAUGAACUACCAGUCUGGCUUCAGUCUCGUCAUGAACCACCCCGCCUGCGUCAAUGAGAUUGCUUUGAGUCUGAACAACAAAAGCCCCAGAACCAAGGCACUGGUGUUAGAACUGCUGGCAGCUGUGUGUCUGGUGCGGGGCGGGCACAAUAUCAUCCUAGCAGCCUUCGACAACUUCAAGGAGGUGUGUGGGGAGCAGCACCGUUUUGAAAAGCUGAUGGACUAUUUCCGGAAUGAGGACAGCAACAUUGACUUUAUGGUGGCCUGCAUGCAGUUCAUCAACAUCGUGGUGCACUCAGUGGAGAACAUGAACUUCCGGGUCUUUCUGCAGUAUGAGUUCACCCACCUGGGCCUGGACCACUACCUGGAGAGUCUGCGCCUCACAGAGAGCGACAAGCUGCAGGUGCAGAUCCAGGCAUACCUGGACAAUGUGUUUGACGUGGGGACACUGCUGGAGGACACAGAGACCAAGAACGCGGUCCUGGAGCACAUGGAGGAGCUGCAGGACCAAGUGAGCCAGCUGACAGAGCGACUUCGGGACGCAGAGAACGAAUCCAUGGCCAAGAUCGCGGAGCUGGAAAAGCAGCUGAGCCAUGCCCGCAAGGAGCUGGAGACGCUGCGGGAGCGCUACGCGGCGUCUGCCUCUCUGGGUGUCUCCAGGCGUCCCCCGGAGCCUGAGAAAGUGUCGGUCCCCAGCCCGGCCAGGCCCUCUGCCCUGGAGCUGAAGGUGGAGGAGCUGGAGGAGAAGGGGUUAAUCCGAAUCCUGCGGGGACCGGGGGAUGCUGUCUCCAUCGAGAUCCUCCCGGGAGCUGUGACAACUCCCAGCCCCAGUGACGCUGCGACUCUGGGGGUGCCCACCAGCUCCCCCAGCCCAGAUCUACCAGAGGCACAACCUCCUGGACCCGAAUCUGCAACUCCGCCGCCCCCACCUCCGCCUCCACUGCCUGGUCUCUCCUCUCCGCUGCAAGACACCCCCUCUUUGGCGCCCCCACCACCUCCUCCUCUCCCAGGAGGCCUCGAACCCCCACCUCCUCCACCACUGCCGGGAGACUUGCCACCUCCACCCCCGCUGCCUCCUGGCACAGAUGGGCCGGUGCCUCCCCCACCGCCACCGCCUCCUGGAGGACCCUCGGAUGACCUAGGAGUUCCUGGUGCAGAUGUGGGUUCAGGAAUGAAAGCCAAGAAGCCCAUCCAGACCAAGUUCAGAAUGCCGCUCCUAAACUGGGUGGCCCUGAAGCCCAACCAGAUCUCAGGCACUGUCUUCACCGAGCUCAACGAUGAGAAAGUGCUGCAGGAGCUGGACAUGAGUGAAUUUGAGGAACAGUUCAAGACCAAGUCGCAAGGUCCCAGCCUAGAUAUCAGUGCUCUUAAGAGCAAGGCAUCCCAGAAGGCUCCCACCAAGGCCACACUCAUUGAGGCCAACCGGGCCAAGAACCUGGCUAUCACUCUGCGCAAGGGCAACCUGGGAGCUGACCGCAUCUGCCAGGCUAUUGAGACGUAUGACCUGCAGGUCCUGGGUCUGGACUUCCUGGAGCUGCUCACCCGUUUCUUGCCUACGGAAUAUGAGCGCAGUCUCAUUGCCCGCUUCGAGAAAGAACAGAGGCCAAUGGAGGAGCUGUCGGAGGAGGACCGGUUCAUGCUGCGCUUCAGCCGCAUCCCUCGCCUGUCUGAGCGCAUGACCACACUCACCUUCCUGGGCAACUUUCCGGAUACAGUUCAGCUGCUUAUGCCGCAACUGAAUGCCAUCAUUGCAGCCUCAAUGUCCAUCAAGUCGUCUGACAAACUUCGCCAGAUCCUGGAGAUCGUCCUGGCCUUUGGCAACUACAUGAACAGCAGCAAGCGUGGGGCAGCCUAUGGCUUCCGGCUCCAGAGUUUGGAUGCGCUGCUGGAGAUGAAAUCCACUGACCGGAAGCAGACACUGCUGCACUACUUGGUGAAAGUCAUUGCGGAGAAGUACCCACAGCUCACUGGCUUCCACACGGACCUGCACUUUUUAGACAAGGCGGGCUCAGUGUCCCUGGACAGCGUCCUCGGGGAUGUGCGUGCUCUGCAGAGAGGCCUGGAGUUGACCCAGCGUGAGUUUGUGCGCCAAGAUGACUGUGUGGUACUCAAGGAAUUCCUGAAGACCAACUCGCCCACCAUGGAUAAGAUGCUGGCAGACAGUAAGACAGCUCAGGAAGCCUACGAGUCCGUGGUGGAAUACUUCGGAGAGAACCCCAAGACCACGUCCCCCUCCAUGUUCUUUUCCCUCUUCAGCCGCUUCGUCAAGGCCUAUAAGAAAGCAGAGCAGGAAGUGGAGCAGUGGAAGAAAGAAGCUGCCCAGGAGGCAAGCACAGAAGACCCAGCCAAAGGGGAGCCCCCAGCAGCCAAGUCCCCACCCAAGGUCCGGGGACCGAAAAUGGACCUCAUUACUGAGCUGAAACGGAAGCAGCAGAAGGAGCCCCUCAUCUAUGAGAGUGACCGAGAUGGGGCCAUUGAGGACAUCAUCACAGAUCUGCGGAACCAACCCUACAUCCGAGCAGAUACCGGCCGCAGAAGUGCUCGCCGGCGACCCCCAGGACCCCCACUACAGGUCACCUCUGACCUCUCCUUGUAGCUGUUCUGGAUGCAGUUGUUAUGAAUUUGAUAGAUGGACUUCACUGGAGUGUAGGGGUGGAGAGGAAGCUAAUAGGGCUUUCGGCUUGCUCCCUCACCCCUACACCUUAUCUUGCCACUGGAGACAGCAUUGCUGGCCCCUCCUUGUAAAUGCUGCUUGCAGCACCCAACUGGCAGUAGCCAUUAAACUUAGUCACAGAGAAAUCCUAGGCUGUAAUUUAUGAAGUG